GUCUAUUGCUAUUUUAUGGUAUGCUAUAUAACAGCUUCAUUUUUACUCCCACAAACGCCCCACAACCCCAGCUUCCCUUACCCCGGCUGUGGGGAUAGAGUUUCUACUUUAAUUAAAACUGUAUUCAUUAAGGGUCAACAAAGGGUCUACAAGGGUCAAUAAGGGUCCAGGCGUCCUGGCCCCGUGAUCCAAACCGGGGUCAGAGGAAAUUGUGGUGGAAAUUUGUGGUGGGAAUUGUGGUGGGAGGCAUUGUGGAAAUGUUUGUGGGAGAGGUAUCCAGGCCCUCCUCGAGUAUAAAUACCAAGGCACGAGUGGGAAAGAUGACCCUCUCUUGCUUCCCCAUCAACAGGGCCAUCUUCUCUUCUCCCCUUCCUGUUUUUCUCCGAUUCUAUUGUCUCCAGCAUGCGGGCCUUGAUCGUGAGCACCCUCGUGGCUGUGGCGCAGGCCGUGGCCAGCCUCGACGAGGUAUGCACAACUGCCUAUGCCCAGUCCAUCCUUCCCGAAGAUGGCAUCAUUACGGGCAUCACCUUUGACGCGUCGUCUGUGGUCGCGAGCGCGACGACCAACUACUCGUCUGCCAGUAGUGAUUUCUUCCCGGCGGCCAACUUCGACUUCUGCGCCAUCCAGUUCGCGUACUCCCAUGCCGGCCUAGAUGAUACCGUCCUCCUUGAAUUCUGGCUGCCUAGCCCGGUCAACUUCCAGAACAGAUAUCUGUCCACCGGCGGUGGUGGCAUGGCCAUCAACUCUGGCAACGACUCGCUGCCCGGCGGUGUGCAGUACGGCGCCGUCUCGGGCAUCACGGACGGUGGCUUCGGCAGCUUUGACAAUGAGUUCGACAGCGUGUUUCUUCUCGCCAAUGGCACCGUCAACUGGCCGUCCGUGUUCAUGUUCGGGUACCAGGCUCACCAUGAGAUGACCGUGAUCGGUAAACAGCUCACUCGUAACUUUUAUGGUAUGGCCGACUCCACCAAGCUGUAUGCCUACUACCAGGCCUGUUCCGAGGGUGGACGCGAGGGCUGGAGCCAGAUCCAGCGGUACGACGAGUGGGACGGUGCUGUCGUUGGAGCGCCUGCAUUCCGUUUUGCCUUCCAGCAGGUCGCCCACCUCUGGUCUGCGGCCGUUGAGAAGCAAGUCGGGUAUGCGCCCCCGCCGUGCGAGCUGACCAAGAUCCUAAACCUGACCAUCGCGGCCUGCGAUCCCCUCGACGGCCGGACGGACGGUGUGGUCUCCCGCACGGAUCUCUGCAAGCUGCACUUUGACCUCAAGACCACCAUCGGCGAGGAGUACUCGUGUGCUGCCUCGAGCGGUGGGAUGGGCAGCUCCGCCGCACCUGCACAGACUGGCAAGGUCUCAGCCAAGGCCGUGGAGAUCGCCGAGGCGAUCCUCAACGGACCCAAGAACUCCAAGGGCCAGCAGAUGUAUUUCUCCUACCAGCCGUCUGCGACAUGGUCUGACGCCCAGACGACCUACAACUCAGACACGGGUGAGUGGGAGGUUGAGGCCAGCGGGAUCGGCGCCGAGUGGGUGACGCGGUUCCUCAACCUGCUCAACUCCUCGUCGCUUUCCAUGGAUGACGUCAGCUACGAUGCCAUGCAGACUUGGAUCAUGGAGGGCUGGCAGAUGUACGAGGACACGCUGCAGACCACCUGGCCGGACCUGUCUACUUUCCACGGCGCUGGUGGCAAGGUCCUGCACAUCCACGGCGAGUCUGACUACAGUGUGCCCACGGCCUCCUCGGUGCGCUACUGGGACUCGGUGCGCUCCGUCAUGUAUCCUGAUCUCUCGUUCACCAAGAGCGCCGACGCUCUGAACGACUGGUACCGGCUCUUCCUUGUGCCGGGAGCUGGUCACUGCUCCCCCUCGAGCGACCAGCUGAACGGACCUUUCCCGCAGACGACGCUCAAGACGCUGAUCGAAUGGGUGGAGAACGGCGUGUUUCCGACACAGUUGAAUGCUACUGUCCUGCAGGGUGACAAUGAGGGAGAGGAGCAGACGCUGUGUGCUUGGCCUCUCCGACCCCUCUGGACCAAGAAGGGAACCGUCAUGGAGUGCGUUUAUGACCAGACUUCCCUGGAUACCUGGUCGUACGAUCUGGAUGCGUUUGAUCUCCCUGUGUACUGAUCAUCGGAUU